AUGGAUAUCAAGAAUUCUACAAAACCAAAAUCAACUAUUGGAUCUAAAUUACAAAACAAUCCAUUUCUCUCAAAAGAUCAAUCCAAUUCUGGUAGUCUUAACGACAACAAUAUGAAACAGACAACCACCAAGAAAAUGACAACUACUCCUGCUUGGCUCCAACAAAAACAAGAAUUCUCAUCUUCAAAGCGUGCUUCUUUACAAAAAAUGUCUCAGAAAGUAUCUUCCAAUCCGUGGAAGAAGACAAAGAAUGAUUCGACGACUACAAAAACAACUACCUCACAAACUUCCAAACUUGAUCCUAUCGGGAAAUCUUCUACGGCAAAACCAGCAACAUCAUCAUCACGACUUCCAACGUUAUCUUCUACCUCUGCUAACAAAGUAUCAUCAAUGGCUGCAGCUUUUGCUCCACAGUCAUCCUCAACAACCAAGUCGCAGAAAUCAUCAGUUCCAUCAACAAAGAUACAGCAAUCUUUAUCUUUAUCGUCUUCAGCAUCAAAGACAAAUAUAAAGCAAUCAGUUUCUCCAUCAUCAAAUGCGAAGCAAUCAGUUUCUCCAUCAUCAAAUUCACAGCAAUCAUCCUCACCAUCUUCAAAAUUACAACAACCAGUAUCUCGAUCAUCAAAUUCACAGCAAUCAUCUUCACCAUCUUCAAAAUUGCAGCAACCAGUAUCUCCAUCAACAAAAUCACAACAGUCAGCAUCUCCAUCAACAAAACCGCAACAAUCAUCGUCGUCAUCAGCUCAGCCAAGGUACAAAACCACCAAAGAUCUUAAGGAAGAAAAGGAAUCAACCAAAAUGGACGCAGGUUCGAAAGAAGCGAUCGACCAUACAUCAAACUUGAGCUCAGCUAGACAGAUAGUAAAUGAUACCUCAGAUCGAAAGGCUAGUCCCCAAAAGGAAAUGGAACAACGCACCGAUACAUCAACCAAUUCAUCACCACCACCGCCAUCAUCAUCAUCAUCAGCAUCAGCAUCAGCAUCAGCAUCAGCAUCAGCAUCUUUGUCGGCAAAACAUCGUCCUAUAAGUAUACUCGAUACUUCUGAAAAAGAAGACAACAGUAUUAUCAAUGCUACCCCUGAAAGUCGAUCAAUCUCCGAAAAAAAAGAAAAGGAAGAAGCAACUGAACAAUCUCCAGCAACUGCCAACAGUGAUACAACAAUCUCCUGUAACACUACUACCACUACCUUACCAGCAAAUUCAACUCAUCCCAAUAUACCCUCAUCUGUACCUUUAUAUUCAAAGCAAAAUCCAAAGGAAUCAACAACUGAAUGUGAUAUCAACUUGGAACAGAUAUCCUUGCCCUCUACCGCUACUUCUAUGAAUCCCUUGGAAUCAUCAUCAUCAUCAUCAUCAUCAUCAAGCAAUCAUUCAACAUCAUCUCCUUUAUAUAACCACAAGAACAUAUCAACAAAAAGUAAGACGGAUAGUGUGUUUGGAAUUUCCUUACCAUGGUCUCAGCAUGCUCGACAAGAAUUACAGCAUCAGAACGAAUUACCGGGGGUUGGUCUUGAUGUUACAAGCUAUGAUACCUUUGUUCAGCAGUUGGCCGUAUCUCAUGCUAUAUCUUCCUCCUUGUUUUUUCCUACUGUCUCCUUUGAUUAUGCUCAGAAAUUGCAAAAGAAAUAUCAUGAAUCUAGUGAUCAUAUCGAUAUGAUUGGUACAAGACUCUUAAUGGAAACCAAAGCUCAAAGAAUGAUUUUGGCCAUGCACAAACUUUCAAGUCAUACUUUGCAAUCCGAAUCAGCAUCAUCAACAACAACAUCAUCAUCAUCGACAACGUUGUCACCUAAGGAACAAGAACAGGAACUUAAUCGUUUGGAUCAAGUGGAUCGGCUGGUCGAGGAACUCAUUCAAUGGAUGCAUCGUGAUUAUUCAAAAAGGGAACAAUAUCUUCAACACUUGGCUGGUACAUUGGCGAAGCAAUGUAACUACUUUGAACAGAUUAAACAUCCUGUAGUAGACAAUACGCAGCUAGCAUCAUCCUUACAAUUUUCUACUACUACUACUACUACCUUGUCAACAACAAAAACGGCAGCAACAGCAACUACAUCGACGACAUCUUCAAUGACUACCGAUAUGAACCAUGCUUCAAUGAUCAAAAAGGAAACACAAUGGAUCACAAAUAUACGACACGAAUUCAUGAAGCUACUCGAACAUCAUUUUCCAUCUAUUUCAUUACCUACGGUACAUCAAGAGAAGGAACAUCAGUCUAUAUCAGCAACUGCCAUGUCGACAUUUUCAAAUUCAUCAUCAUCUCACCCAUACAAUGAUAAAAGUAAUCGAUCAUCAUCAAUAUCAUCUUCAUCAUCAUCAUCAUCAUCAACAUCGUCAACAUCAUCGUCAUUAUAUGCAAUAGAGCGCGAUACUACUUUUGAUUCAAACCGUACCAGUGUGACCAGCAUGAUGACGGAAGAGCAACAAACUUAUCAUCUUUAUCGUCACCACCAAAGCAUGCUCAAUGAAAUUUUGCAACUACUUCAACUAUUAGACCAGCAGAUGAAUAAGUCUCUGACCAUUAUCGACAACAAAAGCAGAAACUAUGAUAUGGAUAACAAAGACGUGCUAGUAGAUACAAAGAAUGAAGUGGAAGAUCUUAGGAAGGAAAAGCAACUCUUGACAGUGCAAAUCUCUGAACUCCAAGAAAAAUGGGAUCAAGCACACAAACACAAUAAACUAUUAGCAGAGCAAGUAUCUGAAUGGCAAGAAAAAUGGGAAUAUGAACAUGUGAAGACUGUUCAUCAGCUUACAACGGCAUUGGAAGAAGAAAAACAAAAACAUCAAAGAAACCAACAAGAUAGUUGCAUCAUGACUGAAAAGGAAAUUGCCGCACUUCAAUUAGCUUUGGAUCAAGAAAAACAAAAAACAGAAACAUUGACUGUACAACUGAAGAACCAACAUGAAGAAGAUCAAGGCAAAUGGGUGAUCAUGGAAAAUGAAAUGGAUCAGCUGAAGAAAACUUUGGAACAACAUGUUAUGGACCUGCAGGCUCAGGUGACACAAAAUCAACAACUCAAACAAGUCUCCCAGGACCGUGUGGAUAGUCUCACCAUGUCAUUGGACAAGGAAAAACAGCAGACCAUCGUUUUACAAUCUCAACUGGAUCAAUGGCAACAAGAACAGGAUUUAUUAUUGAAUCGCUAUUAUCAUCCACACGACAAGGAUAAUCAUGACAAGGUGACGUUGGAUAUUGUACUAGGACAAUUACAAAAGGAACGGGAUGAUGCACUAUUGGAGACAAAGCAAUGGCGGGUGAAAGCACAAGAACUUGAAACAAGGAUCAUGACGAUGGAAACAACAUUACAGAAUGAUCGAACGAUGUCUAAAGUACAAGUAGCUUCGCUGGAAUCGCAGUUACACAGUCUGGAGGAAGAACAUCAACAAGAGAAAAAAGAAGCUUUGGCACAAUUACAGGCAACUUUUGAUGCACAAGAACUCCAAUGGCAGAAACGAUUGUCAGAGACACAAAAUCAAUAUGCAGAAGCAACACAACAUAUCCAAACCUUGAAGCAACAAGUUGACAAACUCCAACAACAAGAAAUGCAUCACAUGGCCAACAAAAAGAAGAAGGAUGAUGAAGAUUGGCAACAAAAGUAUCAAGAUAUGGUGGUUCGAUUGGAAAAAGCACAAGAACAAUUUACGAUGCGUGAAAGUGGAUACUUGUUACAAUCAGCCAGUGUGGAAGCAGAAUUAGAACAAAUUCUCAAGGAAUACGAACGUCUAACACGGCAUAUCACUGACUUUAAUGCGGAAAGAAAGAAAUACGAACAACAAAUCAGCGACAUGACACUGCAUCAACAACGAACGGAUCAACAACUAGCAGAUUUGCAAGUCCAACAACUUGGGAUGACGGAUGGCCAGGGAACAACGAUGACGUUACGAAAGGAGUUUAGACAUCUGAUGACACAAACCAAACUAGCACAUCAACAACAAUUGGAAAAGGAACAACAGUUACGAGCUGCUUUGGAACAAGAAAGAAGAGAUGAAAAACAAGAAUUAGAACGAUCGCGAUGGGAUCGGGUGAAUGUUAGUGUGCAAACUUGUUUUUUAGUAUAG